CGGCGAGGCGGCUUUUCCUUCAGACCCACACUGUGCUCGUUCGUCAGAGAAGACGCUCUACUGAGGUCACUGAGCCCCGGGGGCGAGACUGGUACGCCGCUAUAUAAUCUCCCCUGCUCGGUCAAAGAAACCAGCGCACCAAAUCAGCUAACGAGAUAAACGUACACUGAACAAGCAAACAUGGUGAAGAUCACUUUCAAGACAGUUUCGGCGCAGAAGCCCGAAAAAGAGCUCGAUGGAGACAAGAUCAUUAUUCCUCAGGCUCACGAGCAGCAGGUUUUUCCUGUCAGGCACAAGAAACCUUUUCCAACCGGUCUCUGCUGCCUCACCUUUGGCCUGGUGGUCUUCAUGUCAGGACUGGUGCUGGCCUCUAUCUACGUCUAUCGCUACUACUUUAUACCUCAGCAGGUACCAGAAGACAGCUUGUUCCACUGCCGGGUUCUCUACGAGGACUCUGUGUAUGCUCCUCUGAGGGGCCGGCAAGAACUUGAGGAGAAUGUUGGCAUCUACCUUGACGACAACUACGAGCAGAUCAGUGUACCUGUGCCACACUUUGGAGGCAGUGACCCCGCUGAUAUCAUCCACGACUUUCAGAGGGGCCUCACAGCUUAUCAUGACAUUGCUUUGGACAAAUGCUACGUGACUGAGCUGAACACAACCUUAGUGAUGCCUCCAAGGAACCUGUGGGAGUUGCUUGUCAACGUCAAGAGAGGGACGUACCUUCCACAGACGUACAUCGUUCAGGAGGAGAUGAUGGUGACAGGGAGGGUGAGGAACAUGAGGCAGCUUGGCCCCUUCAUCCACAGACUCUGCUACGGCAAAGAAACCUACCGCCUCAGACGUCGCAACCAGCACAGGCGUAUUGAGAGGCGUGAGACAAGGAGGUGCCACAGCAUUCGUCAUUUUGAGAACACUUUUGUGGUUGAGACUGUCAUCUGCGACAGGGUCUGAAUCUGAGGCGGAAAUCACAGCCAUCCAACUCUGAAGCCAGUUUCAAACCAUACCUCUUGAAUUAUUUAGGCUUUUUAUUGCACUUUAAGAGCAAGUAUUUGUCCCAACAGUUUUAAUGUUUGUUUGUUUUUUUCAAGUUGAAAAUGCUCUAUAAUUGUUCAUGUACAAUGUUAUUGUCUUUUUUAUUCAGACAGUCUGUAUAUGUGGAUGAUAUUAUAAAUGUGUUUUGGAUAUAUCUGUACCGUGUCAAGCUGUGCAUAAGAUGUUCAUGUGUGUCAGUUUUUGACAUUUACAUCAGACGGCUUGAUUUAAUUUAAUUUUACACUUGUCAUUAUUUUUAUUAAUUAUUUAGUAACCCAGUGCACUGCGUGUGAUGGUAAGCAUACUUAAAAACUGCUUGCAUGGUACACUUAUGUUGUAAUUAUUUCUUGUUUGUUCUUUUAUUUUGUUUGAAUGUCAGAAAAUGGCAAAACAUACCUCAUGUAGUUUAGACGUUUCUUUGCUGGUUUGUAUUAUUGAUUAGUGUAUAUAACUGAUUGUUCCUAAGCAAUAUAUACUGUAAAUUGAUUUUCUUCUGGAUUUCAUAUUGUUACAUGCAUAGAUUUUUAUCUAAAAUCAACUUGUUUUGUGAACGAUUUCUUUGAAGUUUGUCUCUUUAUUUACUUUGGAAUCACACUUUCCUACUCCUUGGAUAUAAUGGCUUUAGACUGUAAUUAGUAGCAGUGCUUUAGAGGGAUAGAAGGAACCAAAGUCUGCAGUCAGCAAUGCUAUGCUUAGUGUCAAUGAUGUAUGAACUAUUUAAAAAGAAUGUUUUUUAGUUCAGAUCACCUUCUGGAGAUAACGCUAAGAUAAAGGCUAAAACUCAUUUUGUCUUGCUCUUCCUCCUCUUCACUUGGAUUUUGCCUGUUUUAGCUCUCGCCAGUUCCCACUCCUUCCUACCUUGGCAUUAUAAUCUCUACAAUGUUAAUUUGUCCCAAUUUGAAGAAAAAAAAUUGGGGUGUCCUUCUAAUGUACAACCUGGAGCAAAUAAAUCUUGUUGAGA